CUCAGUGUUCAUCCAUUUCAUACAAGAAUGACGACCAAGUAUUUGACAUUAAGAGCUUCUACUAAAACCCUCGUCCAACUUCUUCAACCUUCUGUUCAACAUUCUGGGCCGGUUUCUCAAUUCAUUAGAAGCUUUCAUUCAUUCGUUUCCCGAGAAUUUGAUGCUCGAAGAUUUCAGAACUCUUAUCCUGGAAGUUGCAGGGGCAUGGUCUGUGCUCCAAAUUACAAUCUCGAUGAAGCUGGUGCUGCUGCGCUCGCCCGUGAUGAUCCUGUUCCAGCUACUGUGAUAACAGGUUUUCUUGGUUCUGGAAAGACGACUCUCCUAAAUCACAUUCUGACGUCCCAACAUGGCAAACGGAUAGCUGUCAUUGAAAACGAGUUUGGUGAGGUGGAUAUUGACGGAUCAUUGGUCGCUAGUCAUUCUUCCGUGAGUGAAGACAUUGUCAUGGUUAAUAAUGGCUGCCUAUGCUGCACUGUACGAGGGGAUCUAGUUAAAAUGCUGUUGGAACUGGCUAGAAAAAAGCGAGACCGGUUUGAUCAUAUUGUUAUAGAAACCACAGGUCUUGCCAAGCCAGCUCCUGUUAUUGAAACAUUUUGCAGUGAUGAGCAGGUUUCUCGAUAUGUGAAGUUGGAUGGAGUUGUGACUUUGGUUGACUCCAAACAUGCCAUGCAGCAUUUAAAUGAAGUGAAACCAAGGUUUGUGGUUAAUGAGGCAGUGGAACAAGUUGCAUAUGCAGACCGUAUUAUUUUGAACAAGAUAGAUUUAGUGACUGAGUCUGAGUUGGAAGUUUUGACCAAGAAAAUUAAGCAUAUCAAUGGGAUGGCACAAAUUAAGCAAGCUAAAUUUGGAUCUGUUGACAUGGACUUUGUUUUAGGUGUGGGAGGAUAUGAUGUUGAGAGAAUUGAAUCUGAGGUUCACGGAGAUUGUUCAUCUUCUUCAAGUGAUCAUCAUGAGUCUUGGCAAGAACACAAAGGACAUCAUCAUCACAACCAUGAGCAUGAUUCUGCGGUCUCCAGUGUCAGUAUUGUUUCUGAAGGAACCCUUGAUCUGGACGAGCUUGAUGAUUGGCUCGAGAGAUUGAUAGAAGAAAAAGGAGAGGAUCUAUACAGAAUGAAAGGGGUGUUGUCAGUUGAUGGCUCUGAUCAAAGAUAUGUAUUACAGGGAGUGCAUUCCAUGAUGGAUGGGUGCCCUGGAAAAACUUGGGGACCUGAGGAGAAGAGGAUGAACAAGCUUGUGUUCAUAGGAAGGAAUCUCAAUGAAACUGCCCUUAGGAAAGGAUUCAAAGGUUGCCUUGUCUGAUAGUAAUUAAUAUGAAAUUUUGUCUCACAGGUCAACUUCCAUACAAACAUAAUAUGCCCUUUGGACGCGGUUUUAAACAUUGCCGCGCCAUCAGUGUAGCACUGCCAGACAGACAAUUUUAUUCCUGCUUAAGAUUCAAUGGGUGGACAGAAUUUCUGUGCAUCAUGUGCAUCCAUAGCGCACCUCCUCUAGAAGGUCCAUCAUAUUGUCAUUUCUUGCUAGGCGUUUUACUAAUUCUUCUAAGUUAACUUCUAUUUUGUAUCUUUUGACCAACAGAAAAAUUAUACUUGGUAUCUUUUUGUUAAGAAAAUUAUAUUUUAUAUUUUUAACAAUUUGAUGUAGGGGGAAAGUUUUCCUCGAUUUUUUGUUGUAGGAA